AUGUUAUACGAAUUAAUUGCCAUUGUCCGACCGGGCAGUCUUAAGGAGGUGAAGGAAAUCGCCAAAAAUGCCGGUGUCCAAGUCCUCCGCUCAGGCGGCGUAGUCCGCGGCUACACAAACUGGGGAACCUUCACUCUCCCCAAACCCACCACAAAACAUCAAGCUCGAUACUCUGAAGGCUGGCACUUCAUCAUGCGCUUCGAUGCCUCAGGACCUGUGCAAUCCGCCGUCCGCCGAACAUUAUCCCUCGACCCUCGAAUGAUUCGAUUCUCAGUUGUCAAAGUCGGCGAUAAGCUGGAAGAGAUUAAUGAUGUGCCCGGUCAUGUUAAUUGGAAUCCUUCAAAGACGCUUGUUUCGGAUUCUAUUGGUAGUAGAGCAGGCCCUCGAUCGAGUGCGAGUGAGAGUUCUAGCUUUAAUGCGGCUAUUCGAUCGACGCCCGCAACUUAUUAA